GCCAGCGUGCUUUAGCUCUCGGUCGCUUUUACUUCCUCUGUUUCUCUCCCGUCCCAACGUUCGGUUUCCUAGUCAAAUAUUUCUCACUGCCCCCACGCUUUCUCCUUUGCAGUUCAGCAUGCAGAAAAAAGAUGCCUCCUCACACGGUUUCCUACCUAGCUUCCAGCAUUUCGCCACGCAGGCCAUCCAUGCCGGACAGGAACCGGAGCAAUGGAAUUUCCAGGAUGUGGUGCCUCCCAUUUCACUCUCCACUACGUUCAAGCAGAAGGCGCCCGGCCAGCACUUGGGUUUUGAAUACAGCCGUUCUGGAAAUCCCACAAGGAAUUGCUUGGAAAAAGCAGUGGCAGCCCUGGAUGGGGCCAAGUACAGUUUGGCCUUUGCUUCGGGUUUAGCAGCCACUAUGACUAUUACUCAUCUUUUAAAAGCAGGAGACCAAAUUAUUUGCAUGGAUGAUGUGUAUGGAGGUACAAACAGGUACUUCAGGCAGGUGGCUCCUAAAUUUGGAUUAAAGCUUUCUUUUGUUGAUUGUUCCAAAACCAAAUUGCUAGAGGCAGCAAUUACACCAGAAACCAAGAUGGUUUGGAUUGAAACUCCCACAAACCCUAUCAUGAAGCUGAUUGACAUUGAAGCCUGCGCACAUACUGUCCAUAAGCAUGGAAACAUUAUUUUGGUUGUGGAUAACACUUUCAUGUCGGCAUAUUUCCAGCGGCCUUUGGCUCUGGGAGCUGAUAUUUGUGUGUAUUCUGCAACAAAAUACAUGAAUGGCCACAGUGAUGUUGUAAUGGGCAUAGUGUCUGUUAAUUCUGAAGACAUCCAUGAUAGACUUCGUUUCUUGCAAAAUGCUAUUGGAGCUGUUCCAUCUCCUAUGGACUGUUACCUCUGCAUUCGAGGCCUGAAGACUCUACAAAUCCGAAUGGAGAAGCAUUUCAAAAAUGGAAUGGCUGUUGCCCAAUUCCUAGAAUCUAAUCCCCUAAUAGAAAAAGUUAUUUACCCUGGUUUGCCCUCCCACCCACAGCAUGAGUUGGCAAAGCGCCAAUGCACAGGUUGCUCAGGGAUGAUCACCUUUUUUAUUAAGGGCACUCUUCAACAUGUUGAGAUUUUCCUUAAGAACCUAAAGUUAUUUGCUCUUGCUGAAAGCUUGGGAGGAUACGAAAGUCUUGUUGAGCUUCCGGCAAUCAUGACCCAUGCAUCAGUGCCUAAGAGUGACAGGGAUAUCCUUGGGAUUAGUGACACACUGAUUCGACUCUCUGUGGGCUUAGAGGAUGAAAAAGACCUGCUAGAAGAUCUAGAUCAAGCUUUGAAGGCAGCACACCCUUCAAGUGGAAAUUGUGACUAACAUUCCAGAACUGCAUUUAGAAGCUGCUUGCUGAGAAGAUCAAAUCCUUUGAGUAAUUGAACAGACCAUUAAUGUGCCUUUGCAGAACGUUUAAAUGAAAUUUUAAGGUACUGGAUGAUCUUUCACUGUAACCUUUUAGGGAAUCUUCCUUGUUAAAAGCAGUUUUCUAUACAUCUUAUUGUAACUAACAGGUCAAUUCUGUUCAUAUUUUGUUAAUAUUGCUAUACAUAUGCCUCUGGAGGAAGUGAGAUUUGUGGGGCUUUUGGGGAUCAUGUUCUUCUUUUCAUAGCCUAAGAUUUAUUUUGAUCAUGUUUACAAUAUAAUGGUAAUUCACUUUUGAUGUUUUAUGAAGAAAUUAUUAAAUGAAUGUUCUUAAAUCAAGCAAGAUUUUUUUUUUUUUUGCAUAUUGUUGUAAAGAGCAUUCUAAGCAAAGGUUUACAUUUAA